AUGGCGGUGUCGUACCUCCACCGGUACCCCCACAAUGGGCGUCCACCACUACAUCUGCAAUCAUAUCAAGAAGACAUUAUGAGUGCACUUAUGGGAGAAUCAUCGUUAGUCAAUCAUCGUAUUCGUCAUCGUCGUCAAGUUAAUUAUGAUCCGUAUGGAUAUGGAAACUUUGGUAGUGGUAGUGCAAUUCAAAACUGGCCUAGUAACAACCUGCCUCCAAGUAAUUAUCCAUCUUAUGGAAGUAAUUCAAAUUAUUGGAAACCUAACAAUAACAACAACAACUACAACCAUAAGCCUAAUUUCAAUGAUGAUUAUACUCGUUAUGAUCCAGAAGGAUGGAAAUACGUUCAGAAUAAUAAUCGACCAAAUCGUCGUCCCGAAUGGUAUUAUAGUUCCUGUUAUAUAAAUCGACAGAAUAAUUUGUUAAAUAUAUUUAGCUUUAUUUUAUUAACAAUUAUCUAUUUCGUAUAA